GCGUGUUUCUCUCCUCGCCGUGCCCGAAUAGUUAGUGUACCGUUCAUUCUCCAGACUAAAUUCAUCGAUUAUCAUCCGAUUUGGCCGGCCGGGAAGCUGGAACGAGCGCAUGCAAUGGCGCCGUGUCUCUUCUCCUGCUUCCGCAAGCGCGCAUCCUCAGCGGUGGCCCAUCAGGACAACGCCACGGAACUGAAGAUGGAUGAGGAAGAGGAGGAGGCGGAAAGUGAAGGGCCGGUGGUGGUGGAACUCUUCUCGUCGCAGGGCUGCGCCACCUCCCACGAGGCGGAGCUUCUGUUUUCGCGGUUGGGGAGGGGAGACUUCGAGGGGGAGCUGCCGCCGCUCAUCUUGCUGGCUUUCCACGUGGACUAUUGGGAUCACAUGGGGUGGAAGGACCCAUUCGGGUCGAGCCAAUGGACCGUGAGGCAAAAGACGUACGUGGAGGCCUUCCAGCUGGACACCAUUUUCACGCCCCACCUCGUCGUCCAUGGCCGCGCCCAAUGUCUUGCCAAUGAUCAACACGCCGUCUUCACCGCCAUCAACUCUGUUCCUAGAUUCCCACCUCUUUCUUUCCGGGCAACGUUCAUGAGGCCAAGAGCAGAGACGUUGCAGGUGUCAUUGUCCAGAAGUAUAAAGAAGGGUGAAGGCGAGGGCGACGACACCAUCAUCAUGGUCGCUCUAUUCGAGUGCGGUUUAGUGAGGCGAUGUGAGGAGGGCCAGAAUAGAAACACAGUCGUCCUCGCCAACGACUAUGUUGUGAGGAGAUUGGAGAGGGUCAGGGAUGUUGCGGCAGAGAAUGGGAAGAAGACGAUGAACAGAACGAUCCAUUUCUCACUCUGGGAAACUUUCAAUAGUAGUAAAUGUGGCAUAGCCAUCUUCGUCCAAAACUCAUCUCAUCAAAUUCUAGGUUCCCAGAAAUUCCAAAUGCCACCACACAUAUGAAUGCUAAUGUGUUCCAGUAAGUAUGAUGAACGUCAAAGGCCUCGCCCGACUCAAGAACAAACCGGCCAAGGAUCCGAAGGGGCCGGACGCUGGUGGCCAAAAGCCCGUCGGUGCGCCUCCCAAAAAACCCGAGGGCGAUGCUGCUGCGGCUAAGAGAAAGCCGUCGGCAAAGGAGCCCCCCCAAGCCCCCAAAAAGUUGAAGAAGGGGGAUGCCGCGAAGGAUGACCCCCCGGUGGUGAUUGUAGAUGACCCUCCGGAGAUGCCGAUGGCGCAGGCGCCGAGGGGGGUCCGGGAGCCAUCUCUCGAGGUCCUCACACUCUCCCUUCCGGCUGGCACAGCCGUGUUGAAUGGCACGGCUGACCCGAGGGCGCUCCUGAGAGGUAUAACCCUCGAUAUCGACAGGGCAGCUCUCGGGGCCGAUGAUGAUCAAGCCCUUGAAGACAGGAUCCUCCGGUCUUCCCUCACGACUUGCGUUGCCCUCGGGGAGCAGUUCCGACGGCUGGAGGAAUGGCGCCUCCACAAAGCUGGGCAAGACGCCAAGAUGAAGGAGCUGAUCCUUAGGGACUCCCAGGCCACGAAGCUGAUGGCCCAGCUUGAGGAGGACCUCCGGCUUGCGAGGGCGGAGGCCGGGAGGCUUAGGGAGGAGAAGGCAGAAGCUGAGGCGGCCGCUGCGGAGGCCGCAAGGAGAGCAGCCGAGGAGGCCGAGGCCAUCAAGGCGAAGGCUGUCGCCACAGCCCGGGAGGAGGCCAUCUCUGGGUUCCUGGACGGGGGGUGGAAGACCGAGGGGCACAAGGCAUGGCUGUCUUCGGUUGUUGAGGCCUCGGUUGAUGAAUGGUCCGAGGGCCCGGGGGAGGAGUGGAUGGCCCGGAAGGGUAAGCAGUAUUAUGAUGGGGGUGAGUUCUUCACUCAAGCCCUCAUCUACUGGAGGAUGGCCCGCCAUCUGAAGGUUGAGCCGAAGGACUUUGACCCGGCGGCGUACGGGCUCCCCCCUGCAGCCAGAUAUCCGUGUUCCUCUCCCCCCUGAUGUCGAGAGGCCAGACCUAGAGGAUUCCGAGCUCCGAAGGGAAGUCGAGGGCGACGAUCCUGAGGCCGAUGUAGAAGUUACCUCGAAGCCAUCGGGGGAGGCGGCCCCCGGGAAUGACAUUAUUUGAUAUGUACUCUGUAAUCUGAACAAUUUUGUAAUAGCCUCGGC